UAGCAAUCUGGCUUUUAAGGCCUAAAGGUGCGUUUACAUGAUCGAACUAUGUUCGAUGGACAAAAUAGUUACAAACUAGGAGUGGAAAGCGAAAAGGCUCGCUGAUGUCAGAAGCGAGCACCAAGUGGUUUACCAGACACUGUUCGCAGCAUCGAAACGACACUGUCUAGUAAAGUAUAUGAUGCUGCCAGACACACGAACAAAGUCACUUGGUUACAGGAUUUUCAGAAGUCCAUCAGUUCACUAGGUCUCAAUUGUCCUGUUAACAUGGCCAGCAGUCAAGGAGAAAAGUUGACACAGACAAAAGACCCUGCUACUAAUAGAACUCUACCGCCAAAAUCCAUGCUUAUGGAAUGUCAAGGCUGAUGUGUACAAGGAUAGGAACAAACGUGUCACGGCCAUCAAUGAAAUAACAGCGGGAAUGAAUAGAAGUGGAUUAUCUGUUACUGCUUCUGAAGUGAAGAAAAAAAUAGAAUCCAUCCGUGGUCAAUAAUGGCGAGAACUAUGUAAACUGGAGAAAUCAAAAGUCUGGGGCUGGUGCUGACGACAUCUACACCCCCAUAUUAUGGUGUUUUGAUGACCUUUCCUUCCUCAACGAUAGGGACAGCAAGAGAAUCCAUGUCAAGUAUGAAUAGCCAAGUGUCUCAUGUGCCUGAAGAAGUGUGUGAUCAUGAGAUUUUCAAUGAUCCUAUACUUCAACAAAAUGAACCUGAUUCUGUAACCCAUACAACACCAACGCCUGUCACACCUGUCCCACCUGUCCCAAGUACAUCACAGGAUAAUGUACGACCUGCAACUCAUAAGUCUUCACGCAUUCAGACUCAAAGUACCCGAGGGAGAAAAAGGUCUCUACCCACUGACGAGAGGCAUGCGGUGCUUCAAGAAGCGCUUCAUCAACUGAAGGAACUAUCUCGAUCGGAGAAGGAGGAUAGCGAUGAAGAAAGUGCUUUUGGUGAUGUUGUUGCCAAUGAUUUGCGGAAGAUGAAUGAAGAAUAUAGGAUCCAUGCACAGAAGUACUUUAUCUGGGAAAAUUAGGGAAGCUCACGUUUUCAACCAUGGUUGUUGCCUAAUUAUGUAGGACCAUAAUUAUGUCUAUUGAAAUUGCAAUUCACAUGUUUACAAUAAAGUUGUGAAAGUAA